AUCCCUUCAACCUCUGGUAUUUUUAGGAAGAAAUUGAUCUUCCUUUUCUGCUGUUAAAAAGGGAAUGGAUGGGAGGCUUCAGUUUCUGAUUUCUCAUUUCAUUCCCAUUUCCCACCUCUCCCUCCACUUGGCUGGGGUUUGAUUGAAGGGAAAUCCAAAGAAGAAAUGGCGGAAGAACAUAGAUGUCAAGCACCAAAAUUAUGUGCUAACAACUGCGGAUUACUGGGAAACCCCGCGACGCAGAAUCUUUGUUCUAAAUGUCACCGUGAUUUUCAGCUUAAACAACAUCAAUCUUCCUCCGCAAAACACGCGAUUAAUCGAACCCCAAUCCCUUCGACAUCGAGUUCAUCUCCCUUCGAGGCGAAGAAUGAACAGACGGCGGAAACGAAGGUGGAGAUGAUGGCGACGGAGGCCGUGGUCGAGGUUAGACCAAACCGAUGCCUGAGCUGCAACAAACGCGUGGGGUUCACGGGGUUCAAGUGCAGGUGUGGGAUGGUGUUUUGUGGGAUCCAUAGGUACCCUGAAGAACAUGGUUGUAGUUUCGAUUUCAAAGCCAUGGGAAAGCAACAGAUCGCCAAAGCUAAUCCUGUUGUGAAGGCUGCCAAGCUUCAUAAAAUAUGAA